AGGGAGAGACUUCUCCAUUUACUGACCACCUUUUUUUCACGCACCGCCGUUAAAUCAAAAUUAGGUGUGACGGAUUGCAAGAGAGCAAAGGACCCGGCGUCAAUUUACCUCCGGAUUCCCCCUCGUUUGGAAUUUCUGGAUUAUGGGGACGUCGUUAUGCCACGCAGGGUAAACCUCAGCCGCUUUCCAAGAUUAAAUCACCCGAGCUAGAAGCAAGGAGCACGUUAAAAAAUGUGCAUGAAUCAGAUGAUGCUGCAAAUUAUCAGGACUUCGCCUGUAAAUACCUCUGGGAUGUUUAUUUUUGUGUUUUUGCGUUUUAGUGCGCGCAGUGUGCAGUAGGUUUGUGUGCUGCUCGGAGUUGGCACAGCCCACAGACAUCACCUAUAAUAAUUAUUCGCAUUUUUAUAUCGUCGUGAUCUUAUGUGCAGCCUACAUUAGUAACCAUGCAGAACCCGUGUCGUGUCUUUACCCUCGGUGGAGUGUUUGAAAUGUAAAUAUAAGUGAGACAUUUUGAACUAAUUGGCUCUGUGGAUGGUUUGACCAAAACGCGUUAGUAGGACCUGGUAUCAUUCCGACAGAAUACAGCGACGCAGGGGGUAUUUGAAGUCACAUGUUCCCAGAACAAACAUUUAAGAUGACAAAAACCGUCCCCAGAAGAGAUUCUCUUUAUUACCGAGGAAGCUGCAUUGGGAUCACAUCUCAGUUCCUGGAUUGCACUAGAGUUGGAGGACAGGGAGCCGAGGAAGAGAGGGAGGAGAAGCAGAGGAGAGCUGGCGAGCUGCACACCAGAGCUGAUGGGCAAGCUUUGGCUUCAGUGAUGGACUGAGCUGAAGGUGACGGGACCCCCAGUGACAGCCGGCUUCACGCGCCCCCCCCUCCCCUAAGAGCCUUCACACUUCACACAAGGCAUGUAUGGACACACUGCAGCAUAGGUGAGAACAGCAGGAGCUGCCCACACAUCGAAUUGUCCUAAUGAUUGAAAUACAACCAUCUCUCACAGAGGACUACACCGGCCUUGUAUUUGGAAACUCAGGUCUGCAUAAACUGAUUCUACCUUUGUCCCAAAAAGCAAGUACACCUGCAACCUCAGCCCCUUCCCAAGUGCCCUGAAAGCCUGCCGGAUUGUGUCUGCAACCUCAGAUGUAACUAAGCUAUCAAGAUUUCUUCUCCAGGAAGUCCUGUGAUACUGGCUGUAUGGACACAUCCUCAAAAUCGUGGCUGCCGCAUCAGAGUCAGUUUGGGUUGGUUGGUCAAGCGGAGGUUGGCUGUGGCGGACCUGGAGUUUUAACCCCAAACCAAUCUCGCAGGGCAAGUUUUGCCUCUGUAAGACAGUCGAGCAUGGAGACGCCUCCCAAUGCCACCCCGCAGCCCUUCAGACAGCCGAGUUUUCUGAAUCGGAGGCUGAAGGGCUCCAUCAAGAGGGCCAAAAGUCAACCCAAACUGGACCGGACCAGCAGCUUCAGACAAAUGAUUUUGCCCCGGUUUCGAAGUGCGGACCAAGAGAGGACACGCUUGAUGCAGAGCUUCAAAGAAUCCCACUCCCAUGAAUCCCUACUUUCUCCUAGCAGUGCUGCGGAGGCUUUGGACCUCGUUUUGGAUGAAGAUGCCAUAAUCAAACCUGUCCACUCGAGCAUUUUAGGACAAGAGUACUGCUUUGAGGUAACAACCAAUUCAGGCACAAAAUGUUUCGCCUGCCGUUCAGCUUCAGAGAGAGACAAGUGGAUUGAAAAUCUGCAGCGAGCGGUCAAACCAAACAAGGACAACAGCAGACGGGUGGAUAAUGUGCUCAAGUUGUGGAUCAUUGAAGCUCGAGACCUCCCGGCUAAGAAGCGCUACUAUUGUGAGCUGUGUCUGGAUGACAUGCUGUACGCACGCACCACCAGCAAACCCCGGACCGACACCGUCUUCUGGGGCGAGCAUUUUGAGUUCAACAAUUUGCCUACCAUUCGUAGCCUUCGUUUUCACCUCUACAAGGAAACUGACAAAAAGAGACGCAAGGAGAAAAGCACAUAUCUCGGCCUUGUCAGCAUCCCCAUCUCCAGCAUCACGGGCCGGCAGUUUGUGGAGCAGUGGUACCCGGUCAUACAGUCCAGUGUCUUGGCCAAAAGCGGCGGUGUCGGGAGUACCAAAGUGAUCAACGCCUCAAUACGUGUCAAAUCUCGCUACCAGACAAUGAACAUCCUCCCGAUGGAGCUGUACAAGGAGUUUGCAGAGUACAUCACCAACAACUACCGAACACUGUGUGCCGUCCUGGAGCCACUGCUGAGCGUGAAGAGCAAAGAGGAGGUGGCCUUCGCUCUGGUGCACAUCCUGCAAAGCACAGGAAAGACAAAGGAGUUCCUGUCUGACAUGGCCAUGUGUGAGGUGGAUCGAUUCAUGGACAGAGAGCACUUGAUUUUCCGAGAGAACACGCUAGCUACGAAGGCUGUGGAAGAGUACCUCAAACUGAUAGGUCACAGAUACCUCAAAGAUGCUAUAGGUGACUUUAUUCGAGCCUUAUACGAGUCUGAGGAGAACUGUGAGGUGGAUCCCAUGCGCGUCCCGCCCUCAGUCCUCGCUGACCAUCAAGCCAACCUUCGAAUGUGCAGUGAGCUUCUACUCUGCAAGAUCAUCAACUCGCUUUGGAUCUAA